AUGCAUUUUUAUCUCUUUGGAUUCCGCCCCCCUCAAAUCCUCUCAGGACUCGACUACCAAUCCUGCCCUACAUCCGAAGAUUGUGAAAACAAUCCUGUGGAUUCUUACUGGAAAAGUGCAUCCAUCCAGUAUGCAAAGGAUAGUUCUGGCAUGAUCUAUGUCAUACUGAAUGGUUCAGAGCCAACAGGAGCCUAUCCUGUAAAAGGGUUUUUUGCAGAUUUUGAAAUUCCCCACUUACAGAAGGAUAAAAUCACACGCAUUGAGAUCUGGGUUAUGCAUGAAAUCGGGGGAUCCAAUGUGGAAUCCUGUGGAGAAGGCAGUGUGAAAAUCCUGGAAGAGAGACUAGAGAAAAUGGGUUUCCAGUAUAGCUGUAUCAAUGACUACAAACCAGUGAAGAUCUUAAUGUGUGUGCAACACAGCACUCAUCCUGACUGUGCCUUAAAUUCCUCAGUGAAUGACAUCUCCAGCUUUCCUGCUGCUCAAGCCAAGAAUCCUUGGAGUUGUCUUUGACCUCUCUCUUUUUCCCUCUCUCUCUCUUUUUCUUUUCCUGCUGAGCUGCACGGCAUGUGGGAUCUUAGUUCCCUGACCAGGGAUCAAACCUGUGACCCCUGCAGUGGAAGUGCAGAGUCUUAACCACUGGACUGCCAAGAAAGUCCCUCUCUUCGUCUCUUUACUCCAUAAACAACUCUCAGUUCUGCCUUCAAAAUAUAUCCACAAUUCAGACAACAUCCGCUGAAGUCAACGUGGCUCAAGGCAGCAUCAUCUCCUGUCUGGAUUACGGCACCAAAGCCUCCCUCUGCUGGGACCCUGUUUCCCCCCAUAUCAUGUGGCUACUCCACCUUUGUCAGAUCCUUACUCAAAUGUCAUCUUCUCAGUGAGACUCUCCUUAGUCCUCAUUCCAGUGUUGCAAUCCUCCUUCCCACCUCCCUUGUCCUUAUCUCAUUCCCUGAUUAUUUUGUUUCCUAGCUCUCAUCGUUACCUCACGUGCCCUAUGGUUUACUUACAUAUUUUGUCCAUUAUAUUUCUGCCCCCUCCCAUUAGAAUAUAAGUUCCAUAAGGAUUGAAUUUUUUAAACUGCUGUAUACCCAGUACCUCAAA